AUGUCGUAUUCUCGACCACAAUCCGCGAAUGAAGAGUCCAAUCUUCACAAACCUCGAAUCCUAUGCCUCCACGGAGGCGGCGUAACCGGAGAGGUCUUCCAGCUGCAAGCCCGAGCCUUCAUCCACCGCCUCCCCGACUUCCGCCUCGUCUUCGCCGACGGACCUCACUUCUGCGACGCCGGACCGGGCAUUGCACCCACCUACAAGGACUUUGGCCCUUUUCGAAGAUGGCUGCGCUGGCUGCCGACCCACCAAGAGCUGGACGACGAAGUUGCGACUGAAGAGCUCAUGUAUGCGAUCGAUACCUGCAAGCAGAACGAUACAGGCGACGGACCAUGGGUUGGAGUGUUGGGAUUCAGUCAGGGCGCGAAGGUGGCUUCGAGUUUGCUGUAUGACCAGCAGAUUCGGCUGGAGAAAGAGGGAGCUGCAGAUACGGACUACAAAUUUGGGGUUAUCUGCAACGGACGACUGCCGCUGGUAUCGUUGUGCAAGCACAGCAGAUCUCCGGCGUUGGUCAACCCAGGAGGCAUGAGUGAGGGCUUCGUGUGGGAGGGCGUGAGUCCACAUGUUCUCAAGAUACCUACAAUCCAUGUUCAUGGCCUGAAGGAUCCGGGUAUACAUCUACACCGAGAGAUGCUGGAGAAGUAUCAUAAUCCGGAAACCACCACUGUGGUCGAAUGGAAUGGCGAGCACAGAAUGCCGAUCAAGACUGAGGACGUUGAGCCAAUUGUUCGAGCGAUAUACCGCAUUGCAGUACAGGAGAACGUCUUGCUUUGA